AUGCACUGUGUAGAGGAACUCACGGCCCUUGAGCUGCAUCAGUGCCAGAAUGGUCAUGGCAUACAGCUGGCUAACAGGAAAGCAAACUUUAGACUGAUAGGGGUCGGAAAGCCAGAUGAAGAUGGAUUCGAUUCGAUAGUGUCCGAAAAGUUCGACGCCUGUCGAAUGCGCCUAGCGGAAGAACUCGAGAACUCUGUGCUCGUUGUCCCAGAUCGCUGA